CAGCCACUGUCAGCAAGCCACAACUUUCAAAAUGCCUGCUUUUUAUGUUUCCUAUGUUCUGUUAUCUUUGAAACAAUUAAGAAGUGUAAUCAGAAAUGUUAUGGGAAUGUUAUAUUUGUUCAAAUUACACAAUAAAUUUGCGUAAUCGUUUUUGCCGUGUCGUUCGAUUUUUCACGAAAGAUCAUUGACACGUUGGCAGCAUUGUCGAUUGAUCGUACGUAUUUUACUUAGAAUGUGUAUCAUAUAUAUUUAUUCCUGGGUCCCUCUGGGCAAAUGUAAACAGAAUUUUUUCGCAAAUAUGAAGUGACACGACCGAUUUAUACGGCUGCAGCUCGUGCAUGGAAUUUGCAACUCGUGAUAAUCGUGUCGACUGUCUUAGCUAUUCACAAGACCCCGAGUAUUAGUCUUGGACGCGUUACGGCAACCAGAAAAUAUACCUAGCGGGUAAAACGGGUUUACGUACGACCACCCGUAGUGUUAAGUUCAGUGAAAUAGUGCGGAGACGAUCUUGAAGACAUGGUAGUGCAAUGAGGGAUUUGCAGAAAUUCGUCGACUGUUUGCUGACGUACAAGAUGUCUUCAAACAGAGCAGAUCCCAAAAAAUCUCUGCAAGAAAUGUUUCAGUUUUUACAAUCAGAUUUUAGAAAUGCAUCAAAGCAUGAUGAUGUUAAAUGUUUAAAUGCAAGUAGGAUGACAAAGACUCUGUACUGUGAUUCAGAGAAAUGUGAAAAUAAUAAUAUAUGUGUAUCAAGAAAUAUCAAUCUGUCCCAAAAGAUAGAUGUUAUUAACAGGAUACAAGAUGAUCUAUGUGACACGACUGAAUUUUCAACAACUAUUAAAUGUUCAUCUGAUACAUGUUCAGUUUAUCAUUCUAUGUUAAGUGAGAAUGUUAAUUCUAAUUGUAAUUGUGAUAUAAUGCAUUAUCAGCAACACAAACAAAUCUCACGAAGUUAUAUGAGUUCUAUAUAUAAUUUAUGGAGAAUUAGAGAAAAUAGAAAUUUAUCAUUAUUGGUUACAAAAAAAAUUGGUACACAGUGGAGGAAUUGUUUUUGGAGAAUAUUUUUAAUUCCGUUCAUUAUUUUGUUAUUAUGUACAACAAUAUGCAAUGCAGACUCUAAUCAAUGUGCAGUGGGUUUGAAAACACCUGGAAGAACUUGGCCACAAGGUGAUAUUGUACUUGAAUAUGGUCAAUCUUUAAGAAUACUUUGUAUACUGAAUAAAACAUUUAUGGAUGCUGAAUUUCCUGGAAAAAAUGCUUCAGAUCUUGUAUUUUUUCGUAACCAAAAAGAAAUGGAACCGGAAUUUAUUACAAUUAUCAAUGAAACUACAAUAUCAUUGGAUGUAGAAAAACCUCCACCUGCAGAAGAUAUGUAUUACUGUAGAUUAAGAUUACAAAAUAAUCACAAUAAGCAACUGGAAGCAGUUUGUUUGAAUAAAGUUGUCGUUGUUAAACCUCAAGAGCCUCGGAAUUUCACUUGUGUAUCUCAUAAUUGGGAAAAUAUGAUAUGCUCAUGGGAGCCAGUUCAAAAUUAUGUGACAACAACAUUUAUACUCGUAUUUAAAUUACCGGGAAGAGCAGGAGGUAGAAAAUUGUAUCCAUGUCCGAAAAGAGAUAAAGAUGAUAGACCAAAUAUGUGCUUGUGGGAUACAUCUACAAAUCCAAUUUAUCGACAGCCGUAUGAAUAUUAUACAUUUAUACUGAACGUAAAUAAUGUUCUAGGGAAUUCUAGCUUUACAUACAAGUUUCAUCAUUUCGCUCAUGUUAUUCCUGCAAAACCAGCUAAUUUAUCAGUUAUUAAUAAAACGUCUGAUAGUGCAUUAUUGCACUGGAGUGUGCCUUUUCCAAUGCAGAAUUUUCCACCUGGAUUAUUUCAUAAAAUCACAUACCAAAAUCAGUGGGAUCAUCAAAAAACUUGGCAGGUAAUCAAUAUUACAAAUGAUAUUCACGUGCAUAAAAGAUAUUAUAAUCUUACUGGGUUGAAAUAUGCCAAUACUGUAUAUGAUGUGCGAGUUUUUAUGAGAAGUGCAGUUGCAGCUGGGGAAGAUAAAUGGAUACCUGGCCAGCCUCCAAAAACCGAUAUUGGAAGCUUUGAAAUAGCGGAGAAUAGUGCUAGUAGAGAUGUAUAUUUGUACUGGCAAGCUAUACCGCAAUAUUUAGAAAAUGGUGAUAACUUCAGAUAUGAAAUUGUUCGUGUAGAAGAAAAUGGACGAAAAGUGUAUCUUUUCCCGAAUGAAACUACGAGAACAUAUGCUAAAUUUAAUGGAAUUAGUAACAAUAAUUAUAAAUUCGAAAUUGUCACGACAAACGUCGUUGGGGCAAAUGAUGAACGUGCUAAACUUUUUGUACCCAGUCAAUCCAAAAUACCACAUGAACCUAUAGCAUUUACGAAAAUUGCGUUUGAUGGAGGAUUGUAUGAAUUAUCAUGGAAACCACCUAUUAUGAAUAAAGAAAUUACAAAUUAUACAAUAUUUUGGUGUGAUAAUGAACGUGAUCGUCCUUAUCAGUGCACUGGUUAUUUAGAUUGGGUACAUGUAUCAAGAAAUACGACAAUUUAUAAUAUGACUGUACCAGAUCCCGAUAAAGUGUAUCAAUUUGCGAUUUCUGCAAAUACAAACAGAGGUAGUAGUGGCAUGGUAUGGGCAUCAUGCACUGUAAUACACAACAAAGUUGUUGGAAAAAUGAAAUCUGUGUGGAUAAAUAGAAUUGGUUCUGAUUUUAUUGAAGUUGGUUGGAAGUUGGAUUGUUCGGAUCGCAUUGGAAUAGUAGAGGGAUUUAAUAUUUAUUAUUGUCCCAUUGUUUCACCGUAUGAUCUGAAUUGUAAAGGCCCAAAACUUAAUACAACGAUAAAAGCCGAUCCUCAUACUAUCCAUGGUAUCGUAAAUAAUUUGAAACCGUAUACAACAUAUAUGUUAGCUGUCGCUGUUUUAACAAAAAGUGGGGAAGGAUUGCAUAGUGAUCCUUUAUAUAAUACAACGCUUGAAGCUGCACCAACAACUCCUCCGCAGGACGUAAGAAUUACAAAAGUGACAAAUACAACAAUGAAUAUUGUAUGGAAACCACCAGAAGCAAUGAAUGGUGUAUUACGUUAUUAUGAGGUUUAUUACAAUGAAUACUCACAAAAAGUUGAAGAUUCAACUCAAACUGAAUUGAAUGAUCUGUUAGCGCAUACGAAUUAUAGCAUUAGUGUAGCAGCAUGUACUGUAUCUUGCAGUGUGAAAUCACCUACAAUUCACCAAGUUACGAAAAUCGGUGUACCGGGAAUAAUUAAUGUACCUAAUGUACGCUUCAUGAAUUCUAGCCAAGUAAUUGUUAUGUGGAAUAAACCUCAAAAUGCCGCUGGGUUCUUGAAUUAUUAUGAAAUACAGUCUAAUGACGGUGACGAAAUACAAAAUAGUACUAAAACAGAGGCUCAGUUACCUAUCCCUGACUGCAAAACCAUUGGACAAGAAAAAUUAUAUCAAUUUCGUGUAAGGGCUGUUAAUAUUGCAUCAGAUAACACACAUUUAAAAGGCAGUUGGUCUGAUCCUGGUGAGGGAAAUUGUUACAGUGAUGAAGCUUCUUCAAAAAGUGGGUGAACAACAUAUACGGCAAUCUUCCGCUGAUUCAAGUGGUUGUUCAAGCGGACAAGAAUCUGUUACUUCUUCGCUAACAUCAGAUUCUCAGGUUUCAAGCGAUAGUGGUACAGAAAUAGAUCCAAUGCCGGUAUCACCUAAUAAAUUGCUUGAAACACUACCAGCUUGGGAAUCUUCAAGUCUUCGCCAGAGGAAUGUUGGAAUUACUAGACCAGGAUUCACAACGGAAACAGCACGUUGGGAACCAUAUGUGAAAGUUGCAAAAUCCGGAGAGCCCAUUGUAGCAGAUACAUUGUCUUUGGCUCGAUCUACGCCUAAUUUAACCGAUAGUACAGGUUACACAACUUCGCAACAUACUUGGUCUUCAACUGGUUACAUUAGUAUGCCAUCGUCAGAAGAAUUGUCUAGUAAUCCCAGUCCUGUUCCUAAGGAAACCUCAACUGCAAGUGGUUAUAGCAUUAUAGGAACUGUUCCUAAAUCUGUAAAAUCAAAGUCUGAAGAUGACAGUGAUUUAACAGAAUCUACUGCGGACACAUUAAUACCCAUCAAACCCGAAUCCAAGUCCACAAAUCCAUACAUAACUUUAGCAUCUUUCGAGCAGAAACAAAAAGAUAACAAAGCUAUCGAUUCGUUACAUGAUUUGAAUGAAUUAACGUUUGCUGAAUCGAACAAAUCGAAACUAGAAUCUUUGACUCCGUUCUCAACUUCCGACAAAGUUUCUAAACCAUACGUGCAAACAGGUUUAAUCGAUUCACUAAAGAAGCCGUUUACUCGAAGUAGCAUUGACAGUGCAAAGAGUGUAACGAUGUCUACUCCAUUUGCAGCCACAUCUUUAACCGAUUCAUGCAAUAAACCGUUUGUUUCCUCUUUUGCAAGUCCAACUACUCUGGCAUCUACGCUAGAUUCCUCAUCGAAACCUUAUGUUUCUGUGUCUUCAAUUCCUGAAGUUUCGAAAAAGUCAAAUCUUCAAGCAGGUGCUUUAGAAUCUUCGCAGAAAGUCACUAUACCCCAAACUUCUACAACUGAUGGUUCGCAACCGUAUGUUCUCGCCAGUUCCGUGUUCCAAAUGCUACAACAGCAACAAAGGGGAAAACCGGAAACUUCUAUUUCAGAAGCGAUAGACAACGAAACGGAAGAUGUUACGACAGGCUAUCCUUUGUGUUGGCAAACCAGUGGUACAAAGCCAAAUUCGAAGUUGGAUGCAGACAAACCAGUUAUUACGACUAAACAGAGUACUGGAUACGUUACCAUAGCAGAAAAUCCAAAGCUAGAGCAACAUAGAACGUCGACGUUGUCAUCACCAUAUGUACAGCAUGAGAGGUUUGAGAAACCACUGCCACAAACUACUACUGGUCAGUCAGAUGAACAAUACAGUAAAGUGACUGUUGUGCCAAGUACUAUUCAGUGAAAGAAGAAAGGUGCAAAUGAAUCGAUUGUGGCAGUGUAGCUUGUGAAUUUUGUCACUUUGUAUAAAUUUCCUUCAAUAUAGGAACAUUUUUUAAUGAACUAUGGUGCAAUACAAAUUUCACAUUUGUAGGUGCUUCAAAAUGUAAUCGACGACUAAAUUAAAACCUACAUUUGUUUUUAGGAGCAUAGUAUUUAGGUCAAACCACAAAACGUGCAUCCUACGAGAUACAUAAGGAUUGUCGAUGCGUAUCAACAGGAAUGUGUUUAAAAUUUUAGUGUUUUCUAAGAUUCUAU